CUGAGAGCCGAGAGUGAGCCUAGAUCGUCUAUACCCUGGGAUCCUCUGCUGGGCAGAGACCCCCAGAACAUGGACCGAGUGACCAGAUACCCCAUCUUCAGCAUCCCCCACUCACCCCGUGUGGCCGGCAUGGCCUUGAAAGGCGACACCAGCUACACGUUUGAGCUGGUGGGCGUGGGGUCCGUGGCCAGCAACUGGGGCCAGGAUGAGCCACUGGCAUGGCCUGCUGACCACAAGGCCUCUCUGGAAACGGCGCAGACGGGGACAUCCCUCAGCCUGCGUGUCUUCCCCGGCCAGCUGGCCCCACGGCUGCCCUGCCCGGAGGACGAUGAGGAGGAGGAAGUGAAGGCCUACCAUCUGGAGGCCAGGGACACCCCGCCCUGGUGGCCACGUGACCUGGAGUGGGAGCGCCGGGUGGUCAUUCAGGACCAGGCGGUCAGGAAGAGCGGCACGGUGGCCAUGCUCCAUGGCACCCCUGACCGCGGGGAGCCCGGGAGCCCCGGCCGACCGCAGUCCGCGCCCCUGGAGGAGAACAUGAUCGACACGGAGCAGAUCGACUUCCUGGCAGCCAGGCGGCAGUUCAUGAGCCUGGAGCAGACGAACCCUCCACCUGGGGUGGUCCACGCCCGUGCGGGAGUUCCUCGGGACCCCCCACCCGGGGUGGCCCACGCCCGUGCGGGAGUUCCUCGGGACCCCCCACCCGGGGUGGCCCACGCCCGUGCGGGAGUUCCUCGGGACCUCCCACCCGGGGUGGCCCACGCCCGUGCGGGGGUUUCUCGGGACCCCUCACCUGGGGCCAGCCAGGCCUCCAAGGCCCUGAACGGGUCACCCCUGGUCAAUGGGUAUGUCGUCCCAGUCAAGCCUGAGGCGAAGGAAGUGGUCACGGAAGAGAAGAGGGUCCACGGUUUGCCCGCCAGCUCUGGUGCCCAAGCCUUGGACGACCCUGGUUCCUGGUCCCAAGAGGGGUCCCCGGAACCCGCCAAGGAGACGCCCAUUGAGCGGGAGAUCCGGCUAGCCCAGAAGCGGGAGGCAGAGCUCCGGGAGCAGAGGGGGCUGCGACGGGCGGCCAGCCACCAGGAGCUGCUGGAGAUCCCGGCCAGGCCGCUGCUGAGCAAGGUGAGCCUGGCCGCAGCCCCGCGGCCGCACAGGGGGCGCCCAUCGCUCUAUGUGCAGCGGGACAUUGCUCAGGAGUCGCAGCGUGAGGAGGACCACAGGCGGGAGGGCCUGCAGGUGGGCCGGGCGUCCAUAUCCGACUGGUUCUCCGAAGACCCCCGGCCCAUUCUCAGGAGAGUCCACAGCUCAGACUCCAUCCUCAGCCCGACCCCAGACGCCAGCGCAGCCAGCCCCACACCAGAGGUGAGGAAGGUGAACCGCAUCCCACCUGAUGCCUACCAGCCAUACCUGAGCCCCCGGAUGCCCCCGGGAGAACCCCCAGCCUCCCACACCUACCGCAAGCCCAGCGGUCUCUCCGCAGAUGAGGCCAGGCCUGCGGGCUCUCCAAAGGCCACGGGGUCCCAGAGGCAUCCCUCGGGAUCCUCUGCAAAACCUUCAAGCACAAAGCAGGAGCCUCCCCGGGGACCCCUGCGCGCCAACAGGGGUGUCGUGCGAUGGGAGUACUUCCGCCUGCGUCCCCUGAGGUUCGGGGUCCCGGAAGAGCCUGAGAAAGCUGAGGCCCCCCGAGUUUGGGGCUGGGAGGUGGCUGGGGCCCCGGCACUGAGGCUACAGAAGUCCCAGUCAUCAGAGCUGCUGGAGAGGGAGGUGGAGAGCGUCCUGCGGCGGGAGCGGGAGGUGGCUGAGGAGCGGCGGAGCGCUCUGUACCCCGAGGUCUUCUCCCCGCCGCCGGACGAGUGCUGUGACCAAGACUCCAGGAGCUCCUCCCGCGCAUCUGGCAUCACGGGCAGCUACUCGGUGUCUGAGUCACAGUUUUUCACCCCCAUCCACCUGCACUCGGGCCUGGUGUGGACGGCAGAGGCCUCAGCUGAGGAUGCUCCCAGGCAGAGAAAGAAGAAUGAGCAGUGGUAUGCCGGCAUCAACCCCUCAGACCAUGUCAACUCGGAGGUCUUGGAGGCCACACGGGUAACCCGCCACAAGAACGCCAUGGUGGAGCGCUGGGAGGCCCGGAUCCACACCAGCGAGGAUGAGGAUUGAGCCUGGGGCCAGGCGCCCACCCCCUGCCCUGCCCUGCCGUGGCCCCGUGGGAACAGCGGACCGUCCUGAGCCCUCGCCUUAGGACAUAGGUUCCUGUUUAAAUCCAGAUCCGAGAACCACAAAUCUCAUGCUGCCAAGCCCAAGGGUGGAUGCACUUUUGGGCUUGAGGGUUUUCUUUUCCGCUUUUAUUUUCCUGCAGAAAUCGUUGUGCUUUCUGGGUCUAAAGCUGGGGAUGACUCCUUCUGUUCCUAUGAUGUUGCCAAACGCUCUUGGGUCCAGGGAGGAAGGAGACCAGCUCCCCCACCUCCAGAUGUAAUUGUUCCCGCUAGUCUGAGAGGGGAGACGCUCGGCUCCUUCCUCUGGGACAUCCCAAUCUAACAGGGGAGACCUGCCCUUGCUCCAGCCCUGGGAAACCUCCAGUCUGAGGGCCAGCCCCGGGCAGAGAAAAGGGCUCGAUGUGGGUUCUGAAGGGGGUCCUUCUGUCCCCCCAUGAAAUAAAGCAGCUGCGGGCCCGCCCACCGCCUGGUGUGGGUGGCCACCCUGAACCUCUCCCUCCCCCUCUGCCUGCUUCACUUCUCUGGGUGAUGUCACUGCCCCCAGGGCUGCUGCUUCCUGCCUCUGCCCCUGCCCCACCCAGGCUGUCCCCCACAUCCCUGAGUGUGGCAUACAGAAGGUGCUCAAGCAGUGCUUGUUCAGUGAGCGAGUGACCGUCUCAGUUCUCCCACGUGGCCCCGUCAGUCAUGCUCAGAGCACUUAUUAAGCGCUUGCUGAGUCCCCAGCCCUUCUGGCUUCAGGAGCAGUUGGAGGGGUCUUUAGUUAGGCUCCGCGUGUGUACCAGGGGCACAACCCCCGCAGAGAAGAUCAUUCUGGGCAAGGCCAUAGGCAGCAGACUCAAACCUGGCUCUGCUGCCCCUCUGUGUGGCCAAGGGGUCCCUCCACCUGCCCUGCCUCUGUUUC